AAGAAGAAGCAAACUUCCGGGGCGAUGGGAGCGUUGUCUAUGGUUAGCGGAAUGAGUUCUUUGAAGAUAACUGAUUAGUAUAUCAUAGGGAUUAUUUUAUAGUCUUAUUGGCCACCUUUGUUGAUGUGUGUAGUUGGUUUAGACAGUUCGAAAAACUUUGAUAUUUAACGCAAUCUGAACAAACUGAAUAGAUAAAUCAUGUUUCUGUCUUUUUCUUCAUACUUGCCAGGUUUAGCGUUUGAUCUCUCAGGAAAAUGUUGCCACUCUUCUGUAGAAAGCGUGUUUUACUUUUAGGCGAUAAUCUUUCUCGAUACCUGCAGCAUAGUUCUAAGCACAACUACUCAACUGGGAAUGGAUGCGAUCAAGUCAAUCUUUUAUUGCGACUUUGUGAAGAACGUCAUUUUAUUUCUCCGGGUGCUUUCCACACUAGAACUUGUGUAUACGGACCUUUAGGUACUGAACUAAAAAAAAACAUUAUUGGACAGUGGUGGACUGCAUCAAUACGAUCACGAGCACGGGUGUUUGGGAUUAAUACGUCAGUACACACAAGAACAUGUAUGGAAUCUGUCAUGAUUGUCAACUAUAGGACUGUUCAAGAAAAGUUCCAACAGGACAGUUCAACUACAGAAGAAGCAUUGAGAUUGCUUUUUCAAAACAGUAUGUCUCUUCGGUCGAAUCUUCUGCAGGGUGCUUUGCAGCAGUAUAUUCAGGCUUUGGAACUUGUGAGUAGGAAAUUACCCUUUGGAUUGGCAGAGAUUGGCCUGUGCCAUCAGUCUAAUGAUCAGUCUUUUGGACAUUCACCUGGUUGUAUAUCUGAGGUAACAGAAUCAUCUUUGGUUUGGUUUUGUUCACCACGGACCUCUUUACAGUGGAUGGAUUAUUGGGCUCGUCAGCGACUGCAGUGGUGGAGAAAGUUUGCUUUAGGCCCAUCUGACUUCAGCCUGUGUGAUGUGGUGGAUGAAGACCUAAAAGACGGGACAUUACGUGGCAUCAAAGUUCUCUAUAAGUUUCCAUGGGGCUUAGAGACUCUGGAGACACUUUGGAGCCUGGGGAACACUGAACUGCAAAAGACAUACCAGGGAACACAUUCCAAACUACAGUGCAGAGAUGGAAGGAAGGUUGUAGUUCCUCAUGUCAUCUCUAUCAGUGGAGAUAUGGACAAAGGCAUGCUGGCUUACCUGUUUAAUUCACUUAAACAGCAGAAGAAAACUGACAGCAAACAGAAACAGCGGACAGUUCUGAAGCUGCAUCCCACUUUAACUCCUGUGAAAGUGGCAUUGGAUAUGGGACGAGGCUCUAAUUCAGAACUAAGACAGGUUUGUGAGGGGUUGCUCGAAGAAUUUCUUGAAGAAGGAAUUCCCACAUGGCCAGGAUACUUGGACACAUUGCCAUUGUCUUUGGAAAAUUUACACACAAAGUAUGAUGAAAUGGGUGUCCUCUUCACAGUGCUGGUCAGUGAGACCACACUAAAGAAUGGUCUUCUGCUGGUUCGAAACAGAGAUACGACCGUCAGAGAGACAAUGCAUAUCUCAGAGAUCAAAGGGUUCCUGCUCAGAUACAUAUGUGCCUCAGAGAAUCUCUGACUUUUUAAUCCGAGUAUGAGUGGCAUAUGUUAGUGUAUUAUAGUAGGAAACGUUUUUUUUUAAUAAAAAAUACCAUUACCAGAAUGUUAUUCUA